AUAAAUUCUACUAAUAUAUAACAUUCAGUUGUAAUUCUAAUGUUUACAAUGUCUACUUCUACCAUCAGCUGUGCUUUACCAUGUACUAUACCUUCACCUCAGCCUCUCUUUACCUCAAACUCAUUUUUCACUAUCUGAUCUAUUCAUGUUUGUAGCAGCACCAAAGUCAACAUGUUAUCCAAAAUUAGAUGAAAUGAAGACAGAAUUCAAAUGGAAAUGAUGUUCUCUUUGCACAAAAAGUGACAUAAGUGUGUUUUCUCAAUUUCAUUAACUUGAAACUGAUCUUUUUUAAUUUUAAUUUAUUUCUUGGGAUAUUCUUAAUUUCUUUCUGUCCUAUUUUAACAGGUUAAUUAAAGUUCAUAUGAUGGGAUGGUCCCAGUGAGGGUACACUACAUAAUGUUUCCGCUCAUUAUAUUUAGUCAUAUUGCUUCAUUCUAUAUCCAUGCAUGACAAUGAAACAUGUUCAUGUUUUUGCUUCAUGUCUAAUUUGUCUAAAGUGCCUGUAAAGCAAGUAAUGCACAAAGUCAGAUUUCUGAUUUUUUUGAACUGAUGUGGUGUUUUGCUCUGUUCAUCCUCUUUCCAGCCUCGUUGUCAAGAUAUACUGUAGGAAAGAAUUAACAAUACAAUUAACAAUAGCAAUAGAAUUAGAAUAAAAUUAUUAACAAUAGAAUAUCUCAUUGCAUCUUCCCUGUGCUGGGCCACAAAAAAUCUUGAUCAGUAUUUCUUAUCAUGUUGAUGUGUUUUGAAUGUUUAGUUUGGAUGAUGUGAAUUAUGAAGUUCAAGGAUCACAGGAUUUAGUUGUAAUGAUGUCUACAUGUGCUUUUCUUUUGGCAAUCCCUCAAUCAAACAAAGGUAGCGCGGAGAAUUUAAACCCAAAAUCUAUUUUCAAGUUAGUAUUUUGAAUAGUCACAUUUCAUAAGAGCUGAUAUUAGCAGCUUUCUCCUUCACAGGAACAAGUAGGUUACUGGUAGUGAUAGUAAGGAGGCAGUUUGAGCAUGAUAUUGUCUGGAAGGGAUUAUUUGGUGCUUCUGGUUUUAUGGAAUGAAAUGUGAGAUUAUUAUAUAGUUUCCACAAGCAGGCCAAAAGAACUUUUCAUUAAAGUUGAAUAGGUCACAAUUUUACCAUUGUUGGUAAAUUGAGACUUCAUUUGCUCUGUCUAGUGUAAUAUGUACACUUCUGGCAGUCUGAAGUGUACUUUAUAAAACAUCUAACCUACUUAUGCUAUUUGUGCAUCUUGUUUGUACAUUCAUCAAUAUAACGAGGCUCUGAUACCGCUGUGUGUUCUUCUGUUCGUUGACUUGACGGGUGGAAGAAGCAAAUCAACAUUGUUUAUGGGGUAUUUUUAUAUAUUUCUCAAGAACCACUCAUUCAAACAACUUCACACAUCAACAUUGCACUUCCUUGAUUCCCAGCAAUAGACCUACCAGGUACGAAGUAGAUUGAAUGAACACUUCUCAAGCUAUAGGCUGGAUGAGAAUUACUUUGAUCAAAAUAUAUGAUAAAGUUAUAUGUAAAAUGGAUGUUGUUGUAAUGCUGCUGACUCAAGCUUAGAUAACUAUUAUUACAAGUAGGAAACAGGUCAAAAUGCUCACAGCUGAAAGGAACAGAGUGCAACUCACAUUUGAGUUUCAGAUGUAGUCAAAUUAUAGUUUGUUCCUGCAUAUAAACUGGCAUACUUCUGCUUUUCACAUGUUUUCAUAUUGUCACUUCACAACAGGUGGAAGCGCCCCUGGUAUAGAGAGCCGACGUGGGGUGGAUGGCAACCCCCAAGACAGUGAAGCACUGAGCAAUGGUCCACCGCCACUAAAUAUAAAAGGUCAAGGUCCAGGAGGAGGUCAUCCAUAUCCAGUAGGUCGAAAAGGUGCAGUAGGUGAAAGCGCCCCUGGUAUAGAGAGCCGACGUGGGGUGGAUGGCAACUCCCAAGACAGUGAAGCACUGAGCAAUGGUCCACCGCCACUAAAUAUAAAAGGUCUAGGUCCAGUAGGUAUAAACGGUCCACUACGUGGAGGCGCCCGUGGUAUAGAUUACCCAGGUGGGGUGGAUGGCUACUCUCAAGACAGUGAAGCACUGAGCAAUGGUCCAACACCACUAACAGGCAUCCCUGAUAAAGAGAGCCCAGAUGGGGUAGAAGUCAGACCUCAAGACAAAGAAUUCCUGAGCAGUCAUCUUACAACUAUCUUCCUCCCAAUCAUCUACAUCAUUGUGUUUGCUGUGGGGCUGCCCACCAACGCCAUGGCAAUAUGGGUAUUCCUCUUCAGGACCAAGAAAAAGCACCCGUCGUUGAUCUACAUGGCAAACCUGGCUCUGGCUGAUUUGCUCUUUGUCAUUUGGGUCCCCCUGAAGAUAUCAUACCACUUCAACGGGAACAACUGGAUCUACGGAGAAGGGCUGUGCAAAGUGCUGGUGGCGUUUUUCUACAGCAACAUGUACUGCUCCAUCGCCUUUAUCACCUGCAUAAGUGUCCAGCGUUAUUGGGCGGUGGUCCACCCACUGUCCGAGCAGCAGAGGGACAACCGCAUACCCGUUGCCGUCUCCAUCACAGUCUGGGUGGUGGUCUGGCUUAUCACCAUCCCUCUCUACCUGUAUGACCAACAGGUCAGAAUAACAAACUUCAAUCCAAAAAUCCUUACCUGCCAUGAUGUCACCAGGGAAAGUCAGGUGAAAAUAUCAGCUGGCUACUUCCUGACAAUGGGAACUCUGGGAUUUGUUGUUCCCACUAUUGUGUGCAUCAUAUCCUACAUCCUCAUGCUCAAAGCUCUCAGGAACAGCAUGACAGAUGCUGCCAUCACCAAGAAGCGACGGAAGGCUGUGGUCUUGAUGAUCACGGUCUUGGUUAUGUUUUUAGUGUGCUUCACCCCCAGUAACAUCAUGCUGCUGGUACACUAUAUCCUCCUGUUGGGCGAGGCCAACAAACACCUGUACAGAUUUUACAUCACCACCCUGUGCCUGGCUAGUCUCAACAGCUGCAUCGACCCUUUUGUUUACUACUUUAUCUCCAAGAAUUUCAGGGAUCAUGUGAAGAACACGUUCCUCUGCAGGAGUGAGAGAACAGUGAAGAGGAUGAAGGUGUCCUUCAGGGCUCCGAAAAACUCACAAGAGCAACACACCACGCCUAAGUCAGGAAACACACAGAGCACUGAAUGCUAGUGGAUUAAUCAUUAUUAAGCUGUUUUAUUCCUGAUCAUUAUCUCUCUUCAGAUAUCGUUUUUUGGUAACACUUAAUUUACAGGUCUCUUCAUUUGUAUAUCAAAAUAAAAUAAAGUGUUACCUUUUUUUUCUUAUUCUACUGUGACGUCUUCCACCUCAGGUUUGGUUCAGUACAUGUAAGGAAAUUUAGGAGUCAUCUUUGGCAAUGACCUCCUGUUUCAGAGCUUUGAGCUGUCUAAAUUACUGCUUAUAUUGUUUUAAUACAUUUAAUUGUCUUUAUAUCUUUUACGACAAACUUGUUUUAUGCACUUUGCUUGAUACAGUUUGCUUGAUUUCAGCAGGAUAUGAAUGAUUGCCUUUAUUUAGUUUUAAUGGGUCUAAUCUUUUAUUCCAUGUUGUAAUUUGAUGAAUUUUCUGUCAGUGUUUGAUGUGCCAGAAUUGAGACCCAAACCUAAAAUGGGCAAAAUUUAGCAGGUUUUAUAAUGUAGGAUAAAAGUUUGUGUGUGUUGUUUAAAGUAAUAAUUUUUGCUUGUAUAUCUACAUUUUAGUUUGUCAAUAAAAGUAAUUGUCUAACUAGCUGUUUCCUGACUCUGUGGACUGGUCGA